AUGGGCAUGCUAACGUUCGGUCGCUUCCUCAGCCGACCCUAUCCCCAUUAUCGGGACGGUCCAACCCUCUUCUCCUUCCAACAACAGUUCCUCAUGGAGGAAUCCAGCGCGCGAGAGCGCCGCACGUCCGUCUCCACCAUGGGCGCGGAUUCGCUGGCUACUACACCGUCUAUCGAGGAGAUGGUCGACAACCCUUUCCUUGAUGACUUCGAACACGAUGACUAUUACUCGCCGCCCGCCUCCCCUGGCAAGCUUUCGCGCAACCCGUCCUUUUCCAAUAGCAGCUCCUACCAGGAGGACUGGGAGACUUUCCCGCCUUUGGACAAGCUCACCAUCUUCGAUCUCCUCGACAAUAUCCAGCUGUCACAACGGUUCGAGAAAUGGCAAAAUGCGCUCAACAUGCAGCGGGAGAGGGUGCGCAAACAACGCGAGAAGCUGCGGUCUACAGGGAUGAACGCGAAGGAGCGUGUGGUGGGCGAGUUCAAGCGUCGAGUGCCGACCGCCGAUGAGCAGCUGGAAAAGUACCGCCGACGCAUGAAAGAUGGCGUCGAGCGCCUGGGUAAACAGUGGAACAAGACGGCCACUGUGACCCUGCGCGAGAAGCUCUCUUUCAUCGCUGGUGUGCUCAACAUCUUCAUCAGUGGCUAUCUCAUCGGUGCCUGCCCACAGCUCUUCUACUACUGGUUCACCGCGCAACUCGCUUACUUCAUGCCUAUCCGCUACUUUACCUACCAUGCCAAGGGAUACCACUACUUCUUGGCCGAUCUCUGCUACUUUGUCAACUUUCUCUGCAUGCUCUCGAUUUGGGUGUUCCCCGGUUCUAAGCGGUUGUUUAUCAGUACUUACUGCUUGACCUUUGGAAAUAACGCGGCGGCCAUCGCCAUGUGGCGUAAUUCUCUGGUCUUCCACAGUAUGGACAAGGUGGUCAGCCUGUUUAUCCACAUCAUGCCCCCAGUUACGCUACACUGCAUCGUCCAUUUGACCCCGGUCGAGAUGCUCAAGGAACGGUUCCCAGCUGUCUAUGCCAUCAAGUUCAGCCAGCCUGGUGAUCCAGAGCACUACUCUCUGUUUGCGAUGAUCAUCUGGGCCACCGUGCCGUAUCUGUUCUGGCAGCUGAUGUAUCACUUCAUGAUCACCGUUCGCCGCGCCGACAAGAUUGCUGCCGGGCGCCCGACCAGCUUUACCUGGCUUCGCAAGUCGUACGCCAAGGCCUGGAUUGGCAAAUUUGUCCUCAGCCUUCCGAAUGCGCUGCAAGCACCAGCUUUCAUGUUGAUUCAGUACACUUUUGCCUUGUCCACCAUGAUUCCCUGCCCCAUCUGGUUCUGGUCACGAUGGGCGAGCGGUAUCUACAUGUCCGCCCUAUUCAUCUGGAGUAUCCACAACGGGGCGACCUACUAUAUCGAUGUCUUUGGCAAGCGCUUCCAGAAGGAGCUGGAGCAGUUGAAGAAGGAUGUUGUGCGAUGGCAGAGUUCCCCCGACUUGGCUACUAGCCCGCUCACUCUCCCUGAUAGUUACACUCCAGUCAGUGGUGCUCUCGGUGCACCUGCUCCCUUGGAAAAGCGAGGCAGCAUCGAUCGGAUUCCACUCCUGGAUCCCACUUCAGCAUCGGUGACUACCACUACUGCCCAUGAGGCUCCUGGAGCCGCCGAUUCCACCGUUCGUCAGCGAUCCUAG